AUGGGGGCUAUGAAACACAAAGAAAAAGAAGAAAAAAGCAAACCAUCUGAAAUCGUUGGUCCAAUCACAAUUUUUCGAUAUGCAGACGGGCUGGAUAUAACUCUUAUGGUAUUUGGAACAAUAGCAGCAGUACUGAAUGGAGUUUGCCUUCCUCUGAUGUCACUGGUUUUUGGUGAAAUGAGCGACGGUUUUGUGAGUGGUUGCAUAUCCCAGGAGAGUUUACCAAGUUCAUUGAGCUGCAAUCAGUCACAAGAAAGGAACUCUGACCAAACAGUAAUAGGUUUCGCUUUAUAUUAUGUUGGUAUUGGAACGACUGCCUUAGUGUUUGGCUACCUACAGAUUUCCUUUUGGGUUUUGGCAGCAGCAAGGCAAACAAAGAAAAUAAGAAAAACUUUCUUCCAUGCAAUUCUGGGACAGGAACUCAGCUGGUUUGAUAGCAGUAACAGUGGAGAGCUUAACACACGUCUGACUGAAGACAUUAAUAAAAUCAAUGAUGGCAUUGGAGACAAAGUCGCUCAGCUAUUUCAAAACAUGUCAACGUUCACAGUAGGCAUAGUGAUUGGCUUUCUGAAGGGAUGGAAACUUACACUUGUGAUCCUGUCCACAAGCCCCCUCGUAGUACUAUCAGCAGCAUUUUGUUCUAAGAUGAUCAUCACAUUAACCAGUAAGGAGUUAACAGCCUAUGCUAAAGCAGGUGCAGUAGCAGAAGAAGUCCUGUCAUCAGUGCGAACUGUUGUAGCCUUUGGAGGACAAGAGAAGGAAAUCAAUAGAUAUACAAGUAAUCUAGGAGAAGCAAAAAACCUUGGUAUAAAAAAAGCUAUUGCUUCUAAGCUGUCUGUUGGUUUUUUGUACCUAAUUAUAAAUGGAUGUUACGGUCUUGGGUUUUGGUAUGGAACUACCUUAAUUCUUGAUGAGAAUACUGGCUAUUCAGUUGGGACUGUCCUGGCUGUAAGUGUCAUAUUUUUACAUCAAUGUCUUUCUACAAACUAACUUCAUUGUGAAGCAGCACCACACUUUGAAACUUUCUCUAUUGCUAGAGGUGCUGCCUUUAAAUUUUUCAAGAUAAUUGAUCAGAAACCCACUAUAGAUAGUUUUUCUUCAGAUGGACACAAACUCGAUCACAUAAAGGGAGCACUUGAAUUUAAUAAUGUGCAGUUCAGUUAUCCUUCAAGACCAGAUGUCCAGGUUUUGAAAGGUCUCACUCUGAAAAUUGACUGUGGACAAACGGUGGCAUUGGUUGGAAGCAGUGGAUGUGGUAAGAGCACAAUGGUCCAGCUGCUUCAGAGGUUUUAUGAUCCACAGGAAGGAGUGAUCACAGUGGAUGGACAUGACAUAAAGUCCCUUAAUCUGAGACAUUACCGAGAAUUCAUUGGUGUGGUCAGUCAGGAACCUGUUCUGUUUGGGACAACAAUUAGAAACAAUAUAAGAUAUGGUCGAGAGGAUGUAACUGAUGAAGAAAUUGAGAAUGCAGCAAAAGAAGCAAAUGCUUACGAUUUUAUCAUGGAGUUUCCUGAUAAAUUCAAUACCCUUGUAGGAGAAAGAGGAGCCCAGAUGAGUGGUGGCCAGAAGCAGAGAAUAGCCAUAGCUCGAGCUUUGGUGCGCAACCCUAAAAUUCUCUUGUUAGAUGAGGCCACAUCCGCCCUGGAUACAGAAAGUGAGUCAGUAGUCCAAGCUGCACUGGAAAAGGCCAGCAAAGGUCGAACCACUCUUGUAAUAGCUCAUCGGCUUUCCACCAUUCGGACUGCAAAUGUAAUAGUGGCCAUAGCUGAUGGUGCUGUGGCUGAAGUAGGAACACAUUCAGAGCUGAUGGAGAAAAGGGGGUUAUAUUAUUCACUUGCAGCAGCACAGGUACCUUACAAAGAUACUAAAGAAAUCUCUUGGUUUGAUGAUAAGAAAAACAACACUGGAGCUCUGACAACAAGAUUAGCCACAGAGGCAGCACAAAUUCAAACAGCAACAGGUUCAAGGCUUGGUGUAAUAGCACAAAACAUCUCCAGCAUGGGAUUGUCUGUCAUCAUUUCUUUUAUAUAUGGGUGGGAGAUGACUCUGCUGAUCCUAGUGAUGGCGCCGGUGCUUGCUGUGACUGGGAUGCUGGAGACCAGUGCAUUGACUGGAUUUGCCAACCGAGAUAAAAAGGAACUACAACGAGCAGGAAAGGUAGCAACUGAAGCUGUGGAGAACAUUAGAACAGUUGCUUCAUUAACUAGAGAGAGCACUUUUGAACAAAUGUAUGAAGAAAACCUGCAGAAGCCAUACAGGAAUGCUCAGAAGAAAGCUCAGAUCUACGGUUCCUGUUAUGCAUUCAGCCAGGCUUUUAUGUAUUUCACCUAUGCGGCAAGCUUUCGAUUUGGGGCAUACUUAAUUACAGUUGGAAGAAUGACCCCGGAGGGUGUUUUCACAGUGUUUUCUGCAAUUACAUAUGGUGCUAUGGCACUUGGCGAGACGUUAACCUUUGCACCUGAAUAUGCCAAAGCCAAAUCAGGGGCCGCACACUUGUUUGCUCUGUUUGAAAGGACACCAGCCAUUGAUAGCUACAGCCAAGAAGGAGAAAAACCAGCUACAUUCAGAGGAGGUUUAGAGUUCCGUGAAGUGUCUUUCACUUAUUCAUCUCGCCCAGAUGUUCCCAUCCUGCAAGGCUUGUCGCUUCAGAUUGAAAGAGGACAGACAGUGGCAUUUGUUGGCAGCAGUGGAUGUGGGAAAAGCACUUCAGUUCAGCUUUUACAAAGGUUCUAUGACCCUCUCACAGGGCAAGUGCUGUUUGAUGGCAUCAAUGCAAAACAUUUGAAUAUCCAGUGGCUACGCUCUCAAAUAGGAAUAGUCUCCCAAGAGCCAGUGCUUUUUGACUGCAGCAUAGCUGAGAAUAUUGCCUAUGGGGAUAACAGUCGGAAUGUACCAUUGGAUGAGAUACAAGAAGUAGCAAAAGCAGCAAAUAUUCAUUCUUUUAUAGAAGAACUUCCUGAGAAAUACAACACACGGGUUGGAGAUAAAGGAACACAGCUCUCGGGUGGCCAGAAACAACGAAUAGCUAUUGCAAGGGCUCUUCUUCGGCAACCAAAAAUUUUGUUGUUAGAUGAGGCCACUUCUGCUCUUGAUAAUGAGAGUGAAAAGGUGGUGCAACAGGCCCUUGACCAGGCACGGAAAGGAAGGACCUGUAUUGUGAUUGCUCACAGGCUGUCCACAGUACAGAACGCAGAUGUCAUUGUUGUUAUUAACAAUGGAAAAAUAAUAGAACAAGGAACUCAUCAGCAACUAAUGGCAAAGCGUGAAGCCUAUUUUAAUUUAGUAAAUGCACAAACACAGCUCUAAAACAAGGAUAGCCCCUGAGGCCUUCUUUAGAAAUGAGCUGUCAGGAAAAAGUAGUUAGCAUCCAGAGGAUGUGAUCUGACCUUAUGCGCUUACCAGCAACUCUUCUUUGGACACACAGAUGCUCCGCAGGACCUGGAGUAGUUUAACUUGCUCAGCAUUCUUGCCUUUGGAGUAGAAGGAUGCCCUUUUUGGGAAAUCCAUGUUGGAGAGGUUUUAACCAUAGGCUGGGGUUUAAUACUGAGUCAGUGGGGUCAUGGGAAAACCUCUCUUUCUCAUGUUAUCUGCAGAGCAUGUUUCAGUAUUUCCCUCAGGUGGGGUUACUCUAUUCCCUCUACCUGCUCCAUAAAAUAUGCAACUGGACAGGAACUCUUUGCUUUAGCAGAUAUAUAGAGAUGUAGAUAUAAAAAUCUUAAUUAUAUAUCAUUUGAAAUCAAUGUUAGAGUUCUUCUUGGUUUUUUUUUAUAAAAUCAUUACAUGUUUACUACUGUUGAAACUAGCGAUGGGCCUGACCAAACAAACUAAAAUUCGUUAAAAGUUUGGAUCCAUAUUCAGGCUUCAUUACAUAGUGCAUCUUGAGUUUAAAUUAGUUACUAAUCCACUAACCCAUAAAUCCCAAAUUUAAACUGUUACAGAAUCCCUGCUAGGGAUUUUAAUAGGCUGUAUUAUUUCCAGAUCUACCAUUGAGUUUAUGGGAAUUUAAGUUUUCCUUCUGCUUCUUUUCUGCAUUAGAAAUAUUGUAUUGUAUUAUUAUUUUUAUUGCCAUAGCACUUGGGAGCUCUAAUCAUGGAUCAGGACCCCACUGUGCUAGGUGCUGUACGUACACAGAACUAAAAACCAUAUCUGCCCUCAAGAGCUUACAAUAUACGUGUGUAUAUAUAAGACAAGAGACAACAAAUGGGUAUAAAAAGACAAGGAAACAAUGAGAUGGUAUCUUAAUUUCACUGUUCUUGUGGAAUCCUUAAGGACUAGAGAACUGGCUUAGGAAUGUUCUCGGCUCACAGCUGACGGUGAAAGGGUACUGAAUCUUCCCAAAGCUUUUCUCCCAAGUGUUUGUCCAGAAUUUGAGGUAAAUGAGUGUGAACAAAAAUCCUGUCCCUCUCAGUUUGCUCAGGUUUCCAUCUCUUGUAAUGUCAUAAUCCUACUAGUUCUCCAUUCCCCAAAGGAAUUCUUCAGCAAUAUGAAAAAAUCAAGGGGUUAUAAUUCUCCUUUUAAAAACAAGGUCUUUUCUCUUUAGCAGUCACUUUUAAGAGUGGCCCAAUUUCCAAGAGACAUUUUAUAUUUAAUCAAGUUCUUAUUAUUCUGUUAAGGGGGUUAGGAAUUAUAAACUAACUUGAAAGCUGUCAAAGGAUUACAAGUUUUUUCUUUAAAACGCUAAAGGCUAAAUCCUCACAUUAUCUGUGCAUCUUUUUUCAGAGAAGCCACUUAAAUGUAGUGUCAUCUUGGCUGCAAUAUACAGGUUAUGAUAUAUGGGAUCCUUCCAAACUGUGUGUGCUAAGUGUGUUCCAAGUUUAUGGUAAAUUUAUCUCUCAAAGGUCUUAGCCCAAAGUGUAACUAAUUCGGAUUCUGCUAUGCAGAGCCUAAUAUAAAUCAGGCCAAUCCCACUGAAAGGUUUAUUUCUACCUAUAGGUGAAGUGACUAAAGCAGCAGCUACAGCUUCCUCAGAUAUGGACAGAUAUACAGAAUACCCUGUUAUAUCACUUAACAUAAUGAAGUGUCCUUAAUCCAGAACAUUGCAGAAUGCAGAACAGUGCAGAUAUUCACAUAUAUAAGAUAUAUAAAAUGCAAAUAUUAACAAGUGUCCCUGUUCACAGCAUGAAAUAUGAUCGUAAGACACAGCUUCUCUACACUGGCCUGCAGGGUGGACUAUGGAGGGGUGAAUUGCACAGCAAGCACACCAAAGAACUGCGCUCUAACUGCCCCCAUGUGGUGGCCGCUGGUGCAAACUAAAAGGUAGCUAAUUCAUGGUAAUAGAGUCCUGUUUGAAAGAGGUGCACUCUGCAGUCCACACUAUGGCACAGAGAAGACAUAGCCUUAGACAUUGGAUAUUUUGAGAAACAGAAAUAGACUAUCUUAUCUUAUGAUAUUUGACUAAAAAAGGCUUUUCAACCAAACAAAAUUUACACACAAAAAUCAAUUUUCAACAUUUUUCAGGUUUUCAUCAAAAACAAAGAGUCUAAAUAUUUGGAUUAAAAUUAAACAAACUUCAUUUUCAUCAAAAAUAUUUGGGAGGGGGGAAUAAUUUCCCAACUAGCUCUGAUUAUCGGACCUUCCACCCAGAACCAGACCAAAUGUGUUCCAACCUGUCAGCUUACCCAGAGUAGUACAUUAGAAGUUCAGCCUCUUUCAUUCGGAUUAACAAAUCAUUUUAUAAUGCUACUCUUAUCAUUCAGUUACUCUUAAUUACCAUGGUUUAUCUUCACAGGUUCUAAAACUAGAAUGGGCCAUAAUGAUAAUCUAAUCUGAACUCCUACUUAAUACAGGCCAUAGGACUUAAUUUCUGUUUGAACUAGAGCAUGUCUUCUAGACAAAAUCAAUCUUGGUUUUUUUUUAAUAAUUUUCCUCAGAGUAAUCCAGCACAACCCUUGGUAAAUUGUCCCAGUGUGCUGGUUCACAACACUAUUCAUUGAAAUUUAGCCCAGCUGCCCCUCCAUCAUGACAGAAAAGUGGCAGUGCCAAAUCUGCCACCCUAGGGCUGGUCUACACUAAAGCUAUAAAUUGACCUCAAUUACGCUUCUUCACUUAUGUAAUUUACGUAACUGAAGUUGAUGUAAUUUAGGUCGACUUACAGCGGUGUGGACACCACUGUAUGUCAAUGGGAGACGCUCUCCUGCCAGUUUACUUUCCGCCUCUCAGGGAGUUGAAGUACAAACAUCGAUGGGAGAGCGCUCUGCCAUCGACUUAGCUUGUCUUCACCAGACCCGUUAAAUCGACAUUGCUGCAUCAAUCAUAAAAGUGACGAUUAAGCCAGAAAUAUAGACAAGCCCUAAGUCUAUGAGGACAGAGGUGGCACAAUGAAGUUUUACUUAGUGCAGUAGAUUGUCUUGAGUGGCCUCUAAUCCUAGAUCUUUACAAACUGUGGCUGGAGAAAGCUUCGUUGAUGAAUCAUCACUGUUACCUUUAUUUUCAUUAGCUUUAAUCAUAACCCAGUAACAGCCCUCACACUGAUGCAUCAUUCCACCCUUUUUGUUCCCAUAAAAACAAUUUAUUAAAUUAAUGCUUCAUGGAUAAAUCCUUGUCCAGUUUAAAAUUAUACAUUUACUAAUUGGUUUAAAAAUAUUGCAGUGUACAAAUUUUCAAAGACUCUGCAACACAAAUUAAAACGUUGUUAGAAUUGUAAUGAGAGGGACACACACAGAUUUUUAUUUAUUUGUACAGUAGCUCUGAACUAUGGAAACUCAUUAAUAAUACUCUGCAUCAGCUCCAAGUGCUUACCUUAUGUUAUGACCCCCUCCCUUCCUCACCAGCCAGUUAUUUCACCAUUAAAUGCCCAUUUUUCUGCUUCUGCCAUAAAAGUUGUCAUAGUUCUUUCCACGCUGCUUCACGUGCAUGGAGCAUUCUCUGAAUUAAGCCAUAAAGCUGUUAUCUUCUCCUCAGACAGAUCCACUCCUACUGUGACACCCACAAUAAAUCAGCCAAUGAGUAAAGGAUGAGUGGAUCAGUAGUUGGAAAUACCUGAUUUUAUUUAUUUUUAAAAUCCCAACACACACACACACACAUACUUUCAGUGAUUUUGAAGCCUUAAAUUGUGCAAUAGCUAACCUACAUGGGGUUAUAUUUUCAUUACCUCUAACCCUUCUCUGUCUUGUCAUAUCCCUUACUUUGUCUCAUUUCACUCUCUUCAGGAUGAGGGCUAUAAGUAUGUAGAAAAGUGUGUUUGUGGGGUUUGGGGUUUUUUUUGCGGGGGAGGGUUGUACAAUGAGAUAUCUAAGGUAUUACAAAAUUGUAGUGUGAACAGGGCAAGGUGUAUUUUACCUUGAUUUAGCUAGUUAAGAUGAACCUAGGGUUCCUCUCAACCAGAUAAAUUAGGAAAAAUUACAACUUGCCCUGUCUACACUAGAGUUUUACAACAUGUUCGCUAUCAUGUUGUAAAAAUACACCUUUUUUUCCUAAUGUAGACAUGGCCUGUGUCUCCCUGAGCACCUACCACAAGGGAAGCUCGAUGCUGAUCAGGGGCUUUGAGCAUUACCAUGGUGUUAACAGGCAAAAAAUAGUCUGUGUAUUGAGGAGGAGAUAAGAUGCUCCUUUGGUCACAGCACAGGAAGGAGUCAGAAUAUCAGUAGUCCAACCCUACCACAAACAUCCUGUGUGACCUAGGGCAAGUUACCCUGCCUCUUUGCCUUAGGCCAGAUCUACAUUGCAAAGUUGUAGGCAUAGCUAUGUCAGUCUAUGCCAGCAAACACCGCCACACCCCCAUGUAGACACAGCUAUGCUGGCAAAAGAGUCCUUUUGAUGAUAUAGCUUAUGUCAUUCAAGGGGACAGUUUGCCUAUUCCAACAAAAGAUCUCCUUAUGCCUGUAUAAGCUGCCCCUCCAGAGGGCUUUGCUAUUGUAAAGCUUAGUGUAGUAGACAGCACCUCCACUAGGACUAUAUCUUUAUCUUAGUGUUAAAUUGUUGUCUUGUAUGUUAUAUUGUUGAUAGAACCUGGGGUGUAGCAGGCUGUUCGGUGCUGCCUGUGUGUGCUGGAGUUGUUACUCACACAGGGUGACCAGAUGUCACAAUAUUAGGGGCUUUGUCUUUAGGGCUUGUCUUCACUACCGCAGUACAGCUGGUGAAGACGCACUAAGUUUACGAGAGAGCAUCUCCCGCCGACAUUGCGUGAUGAGGACAGCGCUUUAAGUCGAUGUAACUUACGUUGCUCAGGAGCGUGGUCUUUUUCAUACCCCUGUGUGACAUGUUACAUAGACUUAAGCGAUAAUGUAAACAAGCCCUCUUAUAUGCAAUUAUCUCCCUCUCCUCACCUUCCCCCCCCCGAAAAAGUGUCCCAAUUUUUCAUACUCCCUAUCUGGUCACAGUAUACUUGCAGUGUCCUAAUAAAGCUCCAUGAAACUAUAAACACGUAUUACUUUGUACAGGUGGAGCUGUAUCAGCAAAGCCUUUCUGGUGUAGACUUGACCUUAGUUUCCCAAGUUGGAAAAUAGGACUCAGUGAGCUUUGAGAAUCUUGUCAGGAAGAUACUGUAGAAGGGCAAAGCAUUUUCAGAUUAAUUUCAGAAAUACAGCAAAAUUUUAAGAUAUGUAUUGUCAUAACAUGCCCUGUUUUAUCUAAUAAAUUCAGGCAUUAUUACCAUAAUUGAUUAAAUGUCUUUGUAACUGUCCUCAAUAGCUGGACCUCGCAACACAGCCAAAGAUGUCAUUUUCCUUUAAGCAUCUAUUUAGUUUCAUUGUUGCUUUCCUAACUUAGUUCUUCCUGGACAACUUAAAUUUCUAUCAGAACCUUGUAGAUUUCCACAAUCCUUCCUUUUUUUUGAAGAAUUUUUUUUUAUAAACUUGACACUCACAAGAUGCUGCAUCAUAACUGUGAUCUUUACAAGUCAUGAUUGCAAAGCUAUGACUGUUGAAGAGUCAGCCCUGCUCUUUAUUCAGCCCGAAGGAGACUGAGUCUCCUUCUCCAUAACUGAGCAUUCUGUCUUUGCAGUAUUCCCAGGGUCUCCAGUGCAGAGCAUCACCGCUAGACCAGUUUAAUAUCUUGGUUUCCUGCAUGGACAAGUGCCACCACUAGAUUAGUUUGCAGUGGCACUUGCACUGUGCUAGAUAAUUCCCCAGAACAGGAUAAAAUAUUUUAAAGUGUGUAAGGCCUUGGCUACACAGGGAAAUUGACCAGCAUAUUUAUUGCAGCAUGGGGAGUUAUUCCAGAAUACAGGUUUCUUGUACAAUAUUUCUACUCAGAUUGGUAGUACUAGGGUUGUAUUUCUUUCCUUUAUGGAUUAUUGCUACAAUGACCUUUCACACCUCACUUACUAAACCAGGAAGGAGGGUAGUCCUAGCACUAUUUACGCCCAUUUUAGAGAAUGGGGCCUAACAAUAUUUUAUCCCAUUGUGUAACUUGUUUUAAUACUUGCACCUUAAAUAACAUGUAUGAUAUAAGAAUGAUAGAUCAUAGGUUUAUAUUAAAGUGAGUUUGUACCAUCAUAAGUCUUUGAAAGCUUAAAGUACAGUAAACUGACAACUGUCUGAGUUUAAACAGUUUAAAGAGCUUGUGUACAAAUCCUCUAAUUGUAGAGUUAGAUUAGCUGCAGGGCAUUUAACAGAGCAAGAAAGAUGUGGUAUAUAGCCUCCAUUGAUUUUUGUAUUUGGCUUCUCUGACAUCCAUGGCAUUUUACCCCAAGAUAUUACUUACAAUAGAGGAAUAUUUCUACUUUUACCAGAAAUAGAAUUCUAAAGUGUGUACAAACAGGAUCUGUGUAAAAACAAGUGUUCUAUGAGCAGUCUGUACAUAGGACUAAACAUGAAUGAAAAAUGUAGUUUUCCAUGCAUCAGAUCAAAGCACUAAAAGACACUAAGAAAGCAUAUGCUGUUGCCAUAUAUUCUUCAUCAUAUUUAUUACACCUUUUCUGUUUUGUAAGUAAAAUGUUUAAACUUAAGUGAAUUGAAAUGAUGGAAGACUAAGGGAUCUAAGAAGAGUCAUGGCAGGACACAUUCAGUUAUCCAUACCAGCUCUAACUUGGCAAGACAGAAAGUGGUUUGUUUGUUUGUUUGUUUGUAGUUCCAGAUAGCUUCAGAAUCCAGAUAUGAUCACAAGAAACUCCUGGUUACUUUUAUAUGGGCAGUUUCGAGUUACAUACUUAAUUAUACAUGUAAUCUACAAACAGUGGGAAAGUGACAGUAUUCUCAAAACGUUCAUAAAACGUAAAGAUCCCUAGAGAUUGAAUUCAUUAGCUUCUGACUACUGGUGAGAGUCAUGUGUGGAAUCAAAUUGAUGUCUUUAUUUUUAGAAGCGUACUUUUCUUUGAUUUCUGUAAUUAAAAUAAGACAAUAAAAUGUUUGUUAUACAUGUAUUUUUUUAAAUAGUUAAUUGAUUAUCUGGCAACUUUUUUGGUUCCAAAUAUCAUUCACUUUUUUGAAUUGUAUAUAUACAAGUGUUAGAAUUUGGUAGCUAUUUUGUUUUAACCAUAAACAUACAAUUGAAAAAGUAAAUUUACCUUAAUGCA